CACAAUCGGUAGCAGUCGGGAUAGAUCGUGAAAGGCUUUUCACGUUGGCAAUUUCAAUCAAUAGCACAAUGUUAUCACAAGUUUAAUUGUUAGGUGCAUUAUAUUAGUGAAUAGUGUCGACUUGUCCUUAUUAUGUGCCGUUAAUUGCGUGUGAUAAAGUGACAUUAGCAUUAAAAUCGCGUUAAUUUUUGGUACACAAUUCAACAAAUACCACCACGAGUUUCUGACAGUUGUCAGUCGGCGAAUUAUUUCUGCGGUGACAGUAAUAUUGAAUUAAGUUUCGUUUUAUUUAAUUCAAAGUGGACAGAAUAUAAUACAGCUUUAAGUUGAGAGAGCCAGGACUCAAACUCAGGAGCUCGGGAUCAGAGACCACAUAGGCUAACCACUGCACCAACGAGGCAGUUAACUAAAUAAAACUAAAAAUAGGUCAUCAUGUGCGGAAUUUGGGCGACGUUUGGAGUUGAAGGCGGGUUGAGUGCAACGUGUCUCAAAUGCUUCUCGGCUAUAGUCCACCGUGGACCUGACGCUUGGCGCAUUGACCAAGACGCGAGGGAACCUAAAGCCAUACUGGGCUUUCAGAGGCUGGCCAUUGUCGAUGGACUACAUGGCAUGCAACCCAUGAGACUACAUCGCUAUCCUCGCAUAACUCUCAUCUGCAACGGUGAAAUAUACAACUUCAACAGACUACGUGAACAAUACCACUAUCCGUAUGAAACUAACUGCGAUGUGGAAGCCAUCAUUCACAACUAUGAGAAUUUCGGAAUCGCCGAUGCCGUAAAGCGACUUGACGGAGUUUUCGCGUUUUGUUUGGUCGAUGGCGAGAAGAAAAAGAUUUAUAUCGCGAGAGACCCUUACGGCGUUAGGCCGUUGUUUAAACUACAAGACGAUGAGAAAGGAAUCUUGGCAAUCAGCUCUGAAGCUAAAGGCCUUGUUGGUAUAAAACAGAAGUUGGGUGAAAAACUAGCUCUGGGACAAUUCCCACCUGGCCAUUUCGAGGAAUGGGACAUUUUGGUAGAUGGGACGGUAAAAUACAACUAUACCGAACAGUAUUUCAAGCCAGGGACGCCUCCACGUUUUAUUCCAUUCGUAUCAGAGAAUGAACUUUCCAAAUUUAAUGUGUACGAAAAGACCGCGUAUUUAUUGGAGGCAGCUUGCAAGAAGAGAUUAAUGUCCGACAGACGUAUUGGUUGCCUCCUCAGUGGAGGUUUAGAUUCUUCACUUAUCACAGCUUUAGUUGUGAAGUUAGCUAAGAUACACAAGUUGCCAUAUAAAAUUCAAACUUUUGCAAUAGGAAUGGGGGAUUCCCCUGACUUGAUUGCAGCGCGGACAGUUGCGGACUACCUCGGUACAGAACACCAUGAAGUUAGAUUCGAUGAGAACGAUGUAAAAGAAGCGUUAGAUAACGUAAUUUAUCAUUUAGAAUCAUUCGACAUCACAACGAUACGCGCAAGUUUACCGAUGUACCUUCUCUCGAAAUAUAUAAAAGAAAACACUGAUACCACGGUCGUGUUCAGCGGUGAAGGCGCCGACGAAUUGGCCCAAGGUUAUAUUUAUUUCAGAGACGCUCCAAAUGAAACAGCAGCGCACGAAGAAAGCAUACGUUUGCUUUCUGACAUCUACUUGUACGAUGGGUUAAGGGCGGACCGAACGACCAGUGCGUUUAGUUUAGAACUCAGAGUGCCAUUUUUAGACAUACAAUUCACAAGUCACUAUCUAAGCAUAGAACCAUCCUUCCGUCAACCUCAGAACGGAGUUGAGAAGCAUUUGCUGCGUAAAAGUUUCGCCAAAAGUGGACUACUGCCCGAUUCAAUCUUAUACAGACACAAGGAGGCAUUUAGUGACGGCGUAGCAUCUGUAAAGAAAUCACUGUUCACAACAAUCGAAGAAAUAAUCAAGGAAAGGUUACCUGAAAACAAUUUACGUUUCCCUGGAUUGCAGCCACACAGUCUUGAGUCGAAGUAUUACCGGCACGUGUUUGAAAAGUCCUUCCCUGGCCAAUAUAACUUCACGCCGUACUACUGGAUGCCAAAAUGGGUGCAAGUUUCUGACCCGUCAGCUAGAUUUAUAAAGCACUAUGCCGCCUCAUAAGAUCUGAAGUCGAAAUAAAUGGACUGUCUCCCGGCACCUCAUAUUUUUGUACAUGAAUUUUAACAAUUACAGAGUUUAUAUAUUAAUUUAUUAAUUAUUUGAAAGAUACAUUGAAAUAAAAAUAUUCUUUAUU